AUGCGGUUCCUUUGUCUGCACGGCGCGGGGACAAGCGCAGAAGCAUCAACAGGCGGAAUCAUCCAAGAGCUGGAAAGCAAAGGCCACAAGUUCGUCUUCGUUGAUGGACGAGUCAACUCAAAGCCUGAACCUGAAAUCGAGGGGAUCCUAGACGGGCCGUUCUACAGCCACUACCCCCGCGAUGUCUAUCCAGGCGAGGAUCUCGCUCGAGCAUUCGAGUAUACGCUGAAUAUAAUGGAGAAGCAAGGCCCUUUUGACGGCGUGAUGGGCUUCUCACAGGGCGCUGCGCUUACCUGCGCUCUCCUGGCCCACCAUGCCAAGACCAACUCCACGCCUCUAUUCAAGGUUGCUGUGUUUAUCUGCGCUGCGAAACCGUUUGAAAGCUCUGGAAACAAGGAGCUUGUUGCCGAGGAGGGCCAGUACCCGGUUUCGAUUCCCACAACGCAUAUUGUGGGUAAGCAGGAUCCGUAUUAUUCGAGCAGUAUGCACUUGUACGGGCUGUGUGACCCGUCCACGGCGGUCUUCUACGAUCAUGGCUCGAAGCAUCACAUUCCCUUUGACCAGAAGAAUACUUCUGCUAUGACGGCCGCUAUCGAACAGUCGAUUGAGCGGGCCAUGAAGGGCUAG